CCUCCUCUCAAGUCAGCACGUCCACGGUCGACAGCCCGAGCUUAUUAUCCUGGUGCCGCCACUGACAGUAAUAACUUUAAAACUGCAUUGCCCCGGCCUGACGCAGACGGACCAGGACUCACGAUCACCACACCUGCGACCUUUUCUCCCCACCGAAGCCGCCGUAUCCAAACAGACCGACCACACCAUCGUCCUCUCUACCACGCGACUGACUGCAUCUCGUCCGAGACCAUGGCCGCUUGCAUCUUCUGCCGCAUCAUCAAGGGCGAGAUCCCCUGCAUGAAGCUUUUUGAGAGCGACAAAACGUUUGCUUUUCUUGACAUCGGACCCCUCAGCAAGGGUCACGCCCUCGUGAUACCCAAGUACCACGGCGCGAAGCUCGCCGAUAUCCCAGACGACCAACUGACCGAAAUCUUGCCCACGCUGAAGAAACUGGUCAACGCCACCGGCGCUGUCGACUACAAUAUCCUGCAGAACAACGGCACAAUUGCUCAUCAGCAGGUGCAUCAUGUUCACUUUCACAUGAUCCCCAAGCCCAACGAGAGCGAGGGUCUCGGCAUCAGCUGGCCUGCGAGCACCGGAGACAUGGAAAAGCUCAAGGCUCUCUGCGAGGAUAUCAAGUCCAAAAUGUAGGCCUGCCGUCUGUAAUGAAGCAGGCUGGAUACCGGGGGGG